AUGCUCUUCCAGCGAAUCUGCUGGAACCGGACUGACGAAUUGAUGGCGAGGAACAUCAUCGUGCGGGAAGAGCCGCCGCUCGAAAUAUCGUCAUGGCCGCCAACUUAUACCGGAGGGGCAAUCGGAGCGGUUGCGCUCGUCAUUGGUGUCGUACUUUCCACGAAGUUCCUCCUGUGCGGCAGAGCGUCGUCUGACCAAUCGCAAGAAAAGUCGCAACAAGAUAUCAAAAUAACGGCUGUCGCUCUGCCAGAGAUGUCUCGUGUUUAUGAAAACAUCGUACUUCAGGAGCAAGACAUCACCGGGAAUUGGAUGGAUGCCCUGGACCAACUGAUGACCGCAAACCCUGACCCAGACCAGAUGGGCAAUCUACAUUUUGCAAGCGAUGGCCAUAUUGCACUGCAAGUGAAGAAGGUGGAACCGUGCCCUCAGAACAGCGACGACAAAAUCAAGUGCUCGGUUGCGAGCGAUUCGCUAGCCGUCGCCAGAAACAUUUUCCACAAAUUGGCCGAUGACCGCUUUAUGCGGAAACCGGGCAACGGUACCGACCCGAUUGCGACGUUUGAUUGGGGCGAACUGCUGGCCAUGUUCAACCACGCCGGGCACCUUGUCGGCGAGCAACGAGGUGUCGUCCAUCUAACAGGGCCCGUCUGGAUUCUUGGAGAUCUGAACGGCGACUUCCACACUGCCUGGCGCAUCUUCAAGGCCUACUCAACAAUGGCCGACCCCGGCACAAAGAUUCUGUUCUUGGGAAACGUGGGCUGUCGACGGCCACAGGCGCUGCCAGUCAUCGUCCUUGUCGUGGCCGCCAUGAUCAUCUACCCCAAACAGGUGUUCUACCUUUGCGGCAAGUUUGAAGGGCAAAUGUGGGGCGAGUUUGUUCCGGUGGAGACUACAUUGAACCUCGUGGAGAAGGACAUUGGAGAGAAGAAAAAAGAUGGGGACAACGCUCCGGCGGUGGAUCAGAAGACGGCAGCCGAUGGGGCCAUCAGCGACUUUUUUCGCUCGUCUCCCGCUCGUCGCAACCAUCGACGGUCGCGCCCAACGCUGCGUGCCACGGAUCUUCAGGAGGGCCUUGACCCGCGCGAUAACCUCAAGUCUUUGCUCCGCCGCCGGACGAUCUUGAGCGAACCGCACUGGAUGGUCGGCAUUUAUAAAAAGAAACCGAAGAAGGAGCAUCGGGACCCGGAUCGAGGCUAUUACUUUGGCGAGGCGGGCAUCAUAGAUGCUCUGAAGAAACUGGGCGCCGGCUUCAUCAUUUGUGCUACUCAGCCUGAAGUGACGACGGGCAUCCACUUCUUCGGCGACUGGUUGAUCUCUCUUUGCUCUUCCCCCUCCUCUGCCUCCUCCUCCAAGAAGGAUGGCAAAGAAAGCGUGGGCCGCAUCGGCGCCGUUCUGCGUCACGACGGCAGCGGGCGCAUCAGCAUGCUUAAUUUCGUCCCUCCCUCGACUUUUCAUGAAUCGCGCGACGAUUUCAUGCGUACACUUUCCACGUACCGCGACGACGCUGACCUUUACUGUGGUGGCCCUGUGGCGAAGCUCGAGAGGUGCUGGGAAGAGCGCGAGCCGAUUCCCCCUCCACCCGUCAAGCAACAGUACCACCCCAAUCUCGGAGCGAAGACUGGCCCGAAAAAACGCCGAUUG